AUGCUCGCACUCCUCCUGCCGACCUGCAUUGGGCUCUUCGACAGCAUUGCGCCCGGACCGCUCCCGGCGGUGGCCGCCGCCGCCGCCUCUGCCGCCGCCGCCGCUGUGUGGCAAUCACGCCGCACCCGGUGGCAGGCGGAGCAGGUCGAGGCGGCCGACGCUCUCCGAGCACGGCUUGGAUCCCUCCUGCCCCUCCCACGCACAUUUUUCCGCGUCAAACCGGCGGGGGGAAAGGGCGACGGGCUGUUUGCCACGAAUGGCAUUGACGCAGGCACGUUCCUCUUUGACUAUGAGGGCGAGCGCCUCUCCGCGAGCGAGAUGGAGUCGCGAUACCCUGGCAACCCCGGCGGCGACUACGUCAUCUCGGCUGGCGUCGGAGCCGGCUUCAUCGACGCAGUGACUCCGGACCGCCGCAACCUGGCGCGGUACAUGAAUCACGACGGUAAGGCGCCCAAUUGCCGCUGCAUGACCAUGAUGAGCCCAGGCGGGCGCGCGAUGCUGUUCACCAGCACUGACGUCGAGGCGGGAGACGAGCUCGUCUGGGAUUACGGCCGGGAUCCUAGAUGCACCAGCGCCCUCCACCCGCGCGGCCCAGGGCCGCCAGUUCUGGCGCGGCCGCGCCGCGCCGCUGUAGCGUGGCUCUCGGCGCUGAGCGAACACAGCGACCGAUCCUACAUGAACAUGCAUGCAGAUGUGCGCGAGGCCAUGACGCGUGAGGCGCUCCUGCACUGAGCGCCAAGCCCCGGGGGGCGCUGCACCUCGCUCCUGGGGGGGGGUUGGUGGCCACAAGGCAUUGUCUGAGGCUGCGAGAACUCUGCGAGAUACCAGAUACGGGCCGUCGAGACUCCGAGAUGGCGCACUCGCGGGUGUGCUAUGCGAGCCGCUGCGUGGCGGGUUGUUUUGUACUUG